CAAGAUUCAAGACAUAUCUAGGAUAACAUCAUUAAUCUAAAUAUUUUGAGUCUUCUAGUCUUCUGUCUACAUAAGUUUCAAAUCCCUGCUAGUUAUAUGUUAUUCUACAUCCUAGUGUUUAACGUUCAUUUUAAUGCUUUUCCAGGUCUCAAAUCGAAGACAUGGCCCAUGUCGCGGUGUCAUAAAGGCCUAUAACUCAAGAAGAUAUAGAAUAUUGGGCCAGAGAUAACCCAAACCGUCCUGGGAGCAGACCCGAAAUUAGAAUCCAAAGUAUUUGCCAAUCGCUUGCGCCCGUCGCGCUACGAAUAACUUGGACAGAGGAAGCUAUCGCCGCCGGCUUAGACGUUAACCAACUGCUUCCUCAUUCAAGCCGGCCUUUGCAAGAAGCGAUUGAGAACCCCCAAAAUCGCGACUGGCGCACUAUGACUACGCUGGACCAUUACGAAAGCCUUGAUCUAGUGAGGUGGCUGUUGGAUCACGGUGCUGACCCUCGGUUGAGGGAUUGGGCUGCCGUUAGUGCGAUAGAUGAAGCAUUAAUAAAUAAGCUUCGUAAUAAAGACUCUCCUAUAGCCGAGUUCUAUGACCAGGCGCGCAAGAUGAUGAUAGAAGCUGCUAGAAAGCUUGAAGAUAAAGAGGUAGCCGAGAUGACCAUCUUGGACCGCUGUAAAGACUUGCUCGGUGCUGGCAAGUACUUCCACGACCACUGGUGUGUUCUUUGUAGGCGCGGAUACCUAGGGCAUAAGAAAGGUGAGCAGAAAAAGGACUGCGAAUAUUGCAAGGAAGAAAAGGAGUUUAAUUGGCACUAUACGCGCACUGAUGCAUUAAUGGUGUAUCAGAGGUAUAUAUAAGCCUUAAAAAUAGGUCGGAACAUAAGAUACUUGAAGCUAUAUCUCUCCCAUUAAUAUAAUCCCAAAGAGCAGUGCAAGUCAUUCGUUACAGCAUACUACUCU